AUGACGAGCCCAAAGGAUCUCCGUGCUUGGUUUGAUGGACACCUCAAACUGCUGAAGCUGGAACGAGCUUCCGAAAAGGAAGAGUUCGACCUGCUCACCUCCGAGAAGGUCAAACGAGGCCAGACUAAGCUGUUGGAGCGGAUGGGCAUAUCGAUCGGCGCGCUUGGGGUUCGCAGCACGAACAUCGGUCUCGGUGGAAAAACGAUCGUAGAACUGGAACGGCCAGCCCAAUACCAUACAGACCCCAAACUACCCUACCAUACCCUCCGAUCUGGCGUGCCCGUCGGACUUAUCGACCAUGAAGUCGGCUCAAGUAAAUCAUCCAAAAAAGGUGCCGCUUCGUUUGACAAGCUGAAAAUGAUCGAAGGUGUGGUCUCCAAAGUGACGGAAACUAGCAUCGCAAUGACAAUCAGCUCUAAAGAAGAUUCCGACCAACUCGAGCUGCCUGCAAGAUGUCGUUUAAUCAAACUUGCUGAUACCGCGACCUUCGAUAGACUGGAGCAAACAAUGGAAAAAGUUUGUGAGGCUUGUGAGAAUGCAGGCCUCUUCAAAAUUUCCCCCAAGGAUGACACCAAUGCUCCGGUAGACAGUCCUGCAGCAGAAAACCAGGAUGGUGCCGACCAGGGCAAAGCUCAGGAAACAGCCCAACAGAAUUCAGAUGAUACCAACCUUCCGGUAGACAGCUCUGCCCCAGCCAACCAAGACGCAGACGAAAACAAAAUCCAGAAUACCGCACAACGGAAUUCAGACGACAACAACCUUCCGGUAGACAGCUCUGUUGCACCCAAGCAAGACGGAGACGAGAACAAAAAUCAGAGGACCACCCAGCGGAAAUCUUCAAUUCCCUUGACGGAUUUAAUUCGGACGCUUCUGGGAAUUGAUCCAAUCAAGAUUAUGAGUGAGGAGGAAAUCAAUCAAAUCGAUCUCCCUCCAGCCGUCCGCGCCUUGAACUCGUCCCAGCAGUACGCCGUCAAGCACGCGCUGUCACCCUGUCCUGUGACAUUGGUGUUUGGGCCUCCAGGUACCGAUAAAACUCAUACAUUGGUCAGUAUCAUCGCCGCAUUGCAUGCUAGAGGAGAUCGCAUCAUCAUUGCGGCAGCCUCCAACUUGGCGAUUGAUAACAUCGCAGAACGACUGUUGGAUUUGAAAUUGCCGAUCACACGACUGGGUCAUCCGGCCAGAGUCCUAGAGUCGCUGUCGUCGUCCACGCUCGAUCACCAACUCAACACCUCGGACGAGUCGGAAAUCAUCCGCGAUCUCAAGAAGGAGAUCAACGAUAAUCUGGCUAAGUUGUCCGCCCAAGGCAAGGAAAGGGUGCGCGGUAAAGCUCGCGGAUUAGUUUAUAAGGACGUGCAAGAGUUGCGGAAAGAUUAUAGACAGAGGGAGAGAGGCCACACUCGGAAUAUUAUCAAAUCUGCCAGAAUUGUAUGCGCUACUGCUCAUGGUGCAGGAUCUCGGCAACUCGAAAAUGAACUGUUUGACGUCGUGAUUAUUGACGAAUCAACACAAGCAUUUGAAGCGGCAUGUUGGAUACCCAUCGUGAAAGCCAAGAGCAAACUCAUCCUCGCAGGAGAUCCGUUACAGCUGCCACCAACUGUAAAAUCCAUGAAACCUCGUCCCCCGGUGAAGUCCCAAAAUAAAAAAACAGCAGAUCCCAAGAGCUCGAAGAAGAAGAAAGGAAAAAGUAAACCAGCUGAAGCUGAGCCAAAUGUGAGGAAAGUUGAUGAAGUUGAGACCGAAUCGACGAGACCAGUCGAAGCUGAGUCAGACUUCAAGACCCCAGCUGAUGUUGAACCAGGAGUGAAAACGCCAGAAAAUGCCAAGACCCCUGCUGAAGUUGAACCAGCCAUUGAAACGUCACUUGGAGUCGAACCAGAGGUUAAGACCCCAGCAGAAGUUGAACCAGAAGUUACAGCGCCAGUCGAGGGGAAACCAGACGGAUCGGAAGACGAUCAAAGUGAUUCUGACGAACUUAGUAGCGCAGUCAAAAAGAUUUCACUCAAGACACCUUCGCGACGGCCGCUGAUGAAAAAACCUCGGACUCUGGAAACAACAAUGUUUUAUCGUCUGUUGAAAAACCAACCAGAGAUUAGUUGUCUGUUGAAUGUCCAAUAUAGAAUGCAUGAAAUGAUCAUGAAGUUUCCGUCCGAUGAACUUUACGAAUCCAAACUCACAGCAGCCGAUUUGGUCGCCAGCCAUUUGCUUAAGGAUUUGCCCAAUGUGACUCGUGAAGAAACCGAUGGCAUUGCCGAUCCGGUUCUGCUAAUUGAUACUGCUGGAAGCUUCAUGUAUGAUAGAGCUGCCGACGAAGGUGGAGAAGGAAGCUUGCUAAAUGAAAACGAGGCAGAAUUAGUGGUUCAACGAGUUAAUGCAUUGAUUGAAUCUGGGCUGAUUCUCUUGCUUCACAUAAAAGAUGCCGCUCAAGUGUCGAUUUUGAACUCUUUACUGAGACCUCAGUUUCCAUCGUUGGCCAUUGGUUCGAUCGACUCAUGCCAAGGUCGUGAAAACGAAGCGGUCAUUAUUUCUCUGUGCAGAAGUAACGCCGAGGGUGUCGUUGGAUUUUUGAGCGAAAGACGUCGAUUGAAUGUGGCCAUGACUCGUGCGAAGCGCCAUCUAACAGUGAUCGGAGAUUCGGAUACGUUGUCCAAAGGAGGCGACUUCCUCAAAAAUUGGAUGAAUUGGCUCGAAGAUAAUGCAGAAGUUAGGGUAGCUGCUUCGUAG